CUUUAAUAUAUCACUCGGAAUUUACCUGGUAAGGAAAUUCCACUUGACAAAUUAUGGAAUCAAUUUUAAAGACAUAUAUUCAAGAUCUAUUCAGUUCCAUUUAAAAAAUAAAAAAGGAUCGACUGACAAAGAUCAUAUACAUGAAACUAUUAACUUUGAUCAAUGGCUUCUCCGUUGAUCUUAGAGUUGUCAGAUAAAACGAAAGAGGAUGAACAUUCAUUGCAAAAUGAAAACACAGAAUCUAAAACUCAUAUGUCACAUGAAACGGAUGAAGUACCAUCAAGUGAUAUAACAGAAAAAGAAAAACUUCUACCACAAAUUGAACUGGACAAAGAAGAAGGAAGCAUUGAACCACAAUCAGAAAAUAGUUCAGAACAUUCUAAAAACAGCAGUCAGUCAGAUGUUUGUAACAUAUCUUUGCGAAACAAUAAUGGGAGCGAAGCCAGUCCGGAUAUUGUUCAAAGCAACAGUCAGUCAGAUAUUUAUAAUAAAUCUUUGCCAAACGAAGCCAGUCGAGUUACUGUUGAAGAGAAAUGUUUAGCGAACUGUGGACCUGCAAAAGUACAACCAUAUAUGAAAUGUUUGAUUGGGUCAAUUGUAUGCUUCUUUGUAGCAGUGAUAUUGGUAAUAGUGACGGUCUUUAUAACAAUUUCAAUUGUUGAAAGGUCAUGCCAAAAAGGGCCCUUAGCUGAAAGGAUUCGGGAAGGAUCAGUUGUCAAAGACCUAAAUAUUGUUUUAUCAAUUUGGGACGAUCAGUUGAAUAUAAGUUUUCAAAUGAAGAAUGAUAUAUCACUCUACCAGAUUGACUAUCAAGGAAAUGGAGCCAGCAAAAAAAUAGUAUUGUGUCAACAUGGAAAAGGAGCAUUUAGUAUCUCGUGUGGUGAGGAGGAAAACAAUUUAUGUGUACCGAUCCCUGAAUAUCCAAAAGAAAAUUCAGAAACAUUUCUUAAACAUUUCAAUUACGGCAUCGAUAAGCAAUGCAUACAGAAGAAAGCGGAAUUAAAAUGGGAAACAUCCCACAGAAAAAUCUCACCUGUAAGACAUCGAAAAAGGCCCAAAUAAAAAUGUUUUCGUAACAGUAUUGACAUGUGUGUGACUUUGUUCAAUAUAUGUGAUUACAUAA